CUGCCAGAUUUCGGGUUGGGCGAACUGCUGUGCAGAUCUGUUAAGACACGCAGAGACAACAGAGCUUCUAGUGCAGCAAGAGCUUUAACCGAUAGCCGCACGUCCGCCUCCUGACUGUACGCUGCUACCUAAGGAUUAUACCGAUUUUGUUGAUCUUGGACUGGUCGUACUUUGUAAUUUUAAAGAAAAAAAUGAACAUCUGUUUUUUUUUAUGAAUCUAAUGAAUGCAUUUUCAACAAUUUCUACGAGAAUUGGGUCAUGAUCACAUCGCCCUCGGUCUCUGCUCUACGAAAUAGAAAUAAUCAAGGCUGGGAGCGCAGCGGUGCUUGGAAUAACAGCUCCGCGACAAAUCUCAACAAGCCCUUUCUCCACUCCGUUCCUCCUUCGGAUCCAAUAAGGCAAGCUAAUCGCCUUCCCAUCAAGGUGUUGAAAAUGCUUACGGCACGGACAGGACACAUUCUGCACCCAGAGUAUCUCCAGCCCCUGCCGUCUACCCCCGUUAGCCCAAUCGAGCUUGAUGCCAAGAAAAGUCCACUGGCCCUUUUGGCUCAAACUUGCUCACAAAUAGGAAAACCAGACCCUCCAGCCUCUUCUAAACUCUCCUCAGUAACAUCUAAUGGAUCUAGUGACAAAGACUCCAAAUCUGGCCCAUUGAAAUUGAGUGACAUAGGAGUGGAAGACAAGUCGAGCUUCAAACCUUACUCAAAACUAUCUGAGAAGAAGGACACCGGGGCUUCCAGUGGAGAGAAAUCUGGUUUCCGCGUGCCUAGCGCCACCUGCCAGCCAUUUACUCCAAGGACAGGCAGCCCCAGCUCCAGCACUUCUGCUUCCCCGUUGCCAUCAGAGAGCAAACCAGGAGACAGUCAGGACAAGAAAGACUCAGAAUCUAAUAAAAAUAGCACAUCUGAGGGGUCUGGAGCUUCUAGCAUCAGCCACAGCAGGAUAAGUGUGAGUUGUGCUGGAAUAAAUGUAGAGGUCAACCAACACCAGGAUACUAAUUCAGGGUCAAAAUCUGUAACUUCAGACUCUCUAUCAGUAUCUUCAGCCUCAUCUGCAUCAGUACUUGGAUCUGGUCUUGUAGCUCCUGUUUCACCAUAUAAACCAGGACAGACUGUUUUUCCACUUCCACCAGCAGGCAUGUCAUACCCUGGGUCUUUGGCCGGGGCCUAUGCUGGCUAUCCACAUCAAUUCUUGCACCACGGAGUGACUUUAGACCCAACCAAGUCCAACAGCCUAGUUAAUGCCCAGCUUGCCAGUUCAUUAGGCUGCAGUAAGGCAGGAUCUAGCCCCUUAGCCGGAGCCUCCCCACCUUCAAUGAUGUCUGCUAGUAUUUGUAGAGACCCUUACUGCUUAAGCUACCACUGUGCAAGUCACCUGACUGGGGCUGCCAGUGCACAGUGUGCACACGACUCUGCAGCUGUAGCAGCUCUUAAAUCUGGAUACCCGCUGGUAUACCAAACGCACCCAUUGCACAGCGUCCACUCCUCACCACCAUCAUUUGCUGGGCACCCCUUAUACCCUUACGGCUUCAUGCUCCCCAACGAUCCCCUGCCACACGUCUGCAACUGGGUGUCGGCCAAUGGACCUUGUGACAAGCGUUUUUCCUCCUCUGAAGAACUCCUGAACCACCUGCGAACCCACACAGCUUUCACUGGAACAGAAAAGCUCAUAUCCGGUUACCCAAGCUCAUCAUCUUUAGCCAGUGCAGCAGCCGCUGCUAUGGCUUGCCACAUGCACAUGCCCCCAACAGGGGCACCUGGAAGCCCCAGCACAUUAGCACUCAGGAGCCCACACCAUGCUUUGGGACUGAGCAGUCGCUACCAUCCUUAUUCAAAGAGCCCCUUACCAACUGGUGCACCUGUGCCAGUACCUGCAGCCACAGGACCAUAUUACUCUCCAUACGCACUGUACGGACAAAGACUGACCACAGCAUCCGCACUGGGAUAUCAGUAAAACAAAAAAGACUAACAAAUUUAUAUAAAAAAAUACAAAUAUAAAGACUUUUAUAUUACUGUCCACUUAAGGACUGGAUCCGUGGACGCUGUAUUUAUUUAUGUUAGCUUCAAGCAGGACAAUAAAAAACGAAAAAAUACAAAUAACUCAAAAGUGCAUUACUUUAAAACUGAGCUCUAUAGGUAAAGUGAAACACCCACGUUAGAAUAUUAAUGAAAAAUAGGGGUUUUUCUUUUCGAUGUUUAUUUGAAAUUGCUAUGAUUGUAUUGUACGUUCCUAUUGUCUCCUUUGGAAGAAAAUAAUUCACAUGCAUGUUUGUUACUAAAAUCCCAAUUUGUCAUUUAUAAUUUUAAAUUGCAAUUAUUUUUAAGGUGUAUACCAUGGAGAGAGAACUGGUAUUUUUUUGUAUGUAUUCUGGAAAAAAAAAAAAAGUUCUAUUCCAAAAAAUAAA